UCCGUUUGGACGCAUUUCACUGCAGCACACAACUUUCCGAGGGAGAGCUACCUAUUUUGUGGAGGAGCUGUCAAUAAAACCGCCUCUUGCAUAAACUGCAAGCGGCAGCGUUAUAUUGGAAGCUCUGUGUAGCAGCACGAGUGGACAUGUAAACCAAGGAGUCUAGAGUUACAACAGGACUGCUGAUCGACAUCCACUUCCGUAUUAUCCCCUGCGUGGGUUUGAUCAGAUUCCAGAAACUAUGCAUUGAAGAAAUGUACUCGGGACACAAGAUUUUACCUAAAACUGAAAUGGUAUCCUAUGAUCUGGUAAUAAUUUCCUCCUCCAUGGUUGCCGUCCUAUUUUUCCUAACCCAAGGGUACCGGUCUUCGUUGUUGUUUUCAAUUAUUGUUGUUCUAUCUAUAUUAGACUAAGAAGUCUUCCAUCGUUACUCUGCUACUAUGCUGUGGAACUUCGGGAUCUACGAUCAUCAUCAUCGUUUUCCUUGCUGAAGAUAAGCAACAAUUCCACUCCAAUCGUUUCAGCUCAUCCUCGUCUAGCUGUUCCUCUCAUCAGAUUUGGGUUCCUCAAUGGCAUCGCCAGCAACCAUCAUGGUCCCCACCACCGCAUCACGCUUCGCCCUGCUUCAGAUCGACUCCGACUCCGACUCGGACGUCUCUGAACCCGGCAAGACCGCAAACAAACCCGGGCGGAGCUCCUCCGGGAAGCAGCGUUCGGACAAGACGGGGGGAGGCAAAGCGUCUCAGGGCAACGAUAAAAAGAAGGACAAGAGGAAGAGGAGGAAGGAACAGCAGCAAAGUGAGGCUAAUGAGCUACGCAAUUUGGCCUUCAAGAAGAUUCCACAGAAGUCCCAAGUCCCACCCCCCUCAGUGACCCUGUCAGGAAUUGCCAGCGAGCUCCUCAGUCCAUCACCAGUGGACCACAAUAAUGCUCCAUCGCAGGGAUGGCACCAGUGGAAGCAAAGGGACGAGCAGAUCACCACUGAGCUCUACGAGGCCGACUUAGAGAAGGCCUUGAUUCUAAGCAAACUGGAGUACGAGCAACAGAAACAGCAGAGCAGCACCAACAACACGGCGUCGCCAAAGUCUCGAGGCGGCAAAGAGGGCGGAGGCAAGAAGGACAAAAAGAAGAACCCGCAGACCAAGGACAAAAAGACGGUCUCUCUGCAGGACUUCCAGGCUGAAGGCAGCGGAGAACCUUUGAGUCGAAGACAAGAGAAAGAGGAAGCCGGAGCGGCUACCUCAGCUCUGGGACUGGGCCAGGAGGAGCGUUUCUUCAACAAACUGACAGACGAUGUAAGUCGAAUAAUCCAGCGGGAAAAGAGGCGUGAGCAGUACAGCAGCGGACACGGACAAGAGGGCGAUGCCUCAGCGGAACACGAGCCGGACCCGCGAGCAGAACAGCUGAAGUACGAGCUGGAGAAGAAGGACCAGGAGAUCCAGGAGCUGAAGAAGACCAUCACACAAUGGGAGGUGAAAUACAAAGAGGUGAAAGCAAGAAACUGGCAGCUUCUUAAGAUGCUCCAACAAGGAGAGAUGAAAGACAAAGCAGAGAUCCUGCUGCAGGUGGAGGAGCUGCUUCAUAUCAAAGAGGAGCUCUCGUCACAGGUGACUUUACUACACGUGGCUCUGGAACAAGAGCGAUCUAAGCUCAAAGGUUUGCAGUCAGAGCAACCAAAACAUCAGGGAAACAAAAGGGGGAAGAAAGGUUCCGAAGCUGAUCUCUGAUAGCAGCGCAUUAGCAAAUGAAGAUGUUCUUUUUUUUUUUUGUUAUAUUGGACUGCGUGCAUGCCCCGAACACACACACACACACACACUCACACACAGUAUACAUUGUGCUUCAAUGGUAAAUGGUUCAAUGCUGCCCUCUACAGGCACAAAAAGGUUACGUAGCGACAGGAGUGCCUGAUGUCAUUCUGUGGGUUCCAAAAAUGCCAAAAUUGUUGCGAAAAAAUCAUGGAAUGUUUCUAGUUUGUCCACUGUUAAGUAAUUAAAAUAC